AUGGAAAAACUAUACUCAGUCGCUAAGCCCAUAAAUCUGUCAGUCCUAGCCGGCACCGUCAACAUAUCCUCUGGCGGCACGCGGCACCGGGCGAACAAGGUGGUGGUGCACAGCCGGUACAGACCCGAGGACUCCUGGGUCAACGACGUCGCUCUCAUAAGGGUGGAGCCCGCGCUGCUGAUCGACAACGUGACCGUGGCGGCUGCCAGGCUGCCGGAGCAGUGGCAGGACACACCUGCCGGCACUCCCGCCGUCAUCAUCGGCUGGGGUCGGCUCUGGCAAAACGGAGACCUACCCGAUAUGCUGCAGAAGGUGGACACGGCCAUCGUGGACCAGCAGGAGUGCUUCGACGUGUACGCCUACAACUACACGAUUCACGACAGCCAGAUCUGCUCGGAGGUGCCACUGCCGGACAAGGGCGCCUGCAACGGUGACUCCGGCAGCCCGAUGCUGGUGGACGGCAUCGUGGUGGGGCUGGCGUCGUGGCAGCAGGGCUGCGCCCUCGAGGGCUACCCCACUGUCUACACCAGGGUCUCACACUUCGUCGACUGGAUCGAGGAGAACAAGAAAUAGGCAACGCACCUUUUCACCUAGAAGACUCACACUUAUAGGCCUACUCCCUGUUAUUUUCAUCUUUGGGUGCUUAUCAUAUGUUAACACAUUUUUCAGGAGUCGCAUGCUUUUUUCCACGUCCUUUAUCUGACUGUUUCCCCCUACCGUUUUAUUGUGACCUUUCAUUACAAGAACAGUGGUAUGGUAAGUAUUGUUCGAAGUCACUGUAAUUAGUAUUUCAAAUAUACAAAUCAGUAAUUUUAUAUGGAGGCGAAAAGUAUCUUGUGUUUGACUUCAUUUCGCAUGUACUGUC